GAGAGGACGGCUUGGGAACCAGGCACAACACAUAUUCCCAUAAGGCCGCGCGUCACUUGGGUUGAGCCUGCAGUAUGUAGGGUUCAAAACAAACAUGGCGCGGAAUUGUGAGAAGAAGCUCAUUGGUCUUAACAGAUUAUGGCUGGCAAAACAGCAAAAAGAGGAACUGGAAAAAAGUCCAAAGAGGCCACAUCUACGCUCCUUAAACAGUGCUACAGAAGUCAAAAGGUGGAUCCCUGGAAUUAAAAGGGAAAUGGAUUAUUAUUUAGAUCUAUCUGGAGCUAGACAACACCGGUAUCCUGACACAAAAAUAAAAGAAUUUGAAAAUAAGGUGGAAGAACUUGAAAACGAAUAUAAAAGAUUUGUGAGAAAGGUUUAUGAGUUGGAUCCAAGUACAACAGGGGUUCCAUGGCAACCAAGAGGAUAUGUCAGUAAACGGAAGAAUUUAGAAAACUCUCAAACAGAAGUGAAACCUAAAAAGAUUUGCACUCCAUUACUGGAAGGAGAGGUGAGAAAAUCCAUCAGCACAAAAAGUGAUGAUCAGUCCCACUGUAGCAAGUUUUACAAACGUACAGACUGUAUAUCAUCAUCUAGUACAGAACAGGGUUCAGACCAGGCUUUGAAAAUAAACAAGGAUAAUGAUUUCAAAAAUGUUACCUUAGAUGAUGUGGAUGUUCAAGCCAAAAAUAUUCUAGGUUUGGAUUAUGAAUCUUCUAGUGAUUCUGAUGUUUCAUGACAAAGCUGACAAUACCCAGGAAAAACAGGGCAAUCAUUUAAAGAACAUGAUGUAACAAGGUUCUUCAAGCAAAGAGGUUUUACAUUCUUUAAAUACCACACACUGUGAAGAUGUCAACCAUAGAGAAAAAAGUGCUUUAAAAAAGAAAGAAAAAGUUAUUCAGUAGUAUAAUUUGUAGAUGAAUACUUGUAGGUAAUAAAGAAAAUUAUAGUUGUACAAAAAUGUUGAACAAGAAAAUGAAUUGUGUGAUUAAUGCCCAGGGAAGGUACAACUGAAAAGCCCUAUUGGUAAAAAAAUUUUAAAUACAUAAAUGGAUGGAAUUUAGCAACUCAUCUUGGUAAAACUGAUAGUCUGGAAAAUAUUAUAGCAAGUUGGGGGAUUUUUGGUACCUAGUCUACAAAUGUUAUGUUACAAAUAAAACAUAGUCUGGCAUUAAAGAAGGCUUCAGUGUUACAACACAUACCCAUCCAAAAAUUCGAGAGUUAAUCCCCUCCCUACAUGCGUCAUAUCAGAUAUAUGCUCUGUCUAUGACUGGGAGAUUGACUUAUAUUGAAAAUAGGAUAUCAACUGUCACUGUAUUCAUAUGGUGCAGAAAGUCACUCAUACCAGUGAGCUUCAGAAACUACCGGGAAGUUGUCAGGCUUUAAGAAGACUUUGUCUCCGCCCGUCAAUUCAUCUGACUGACAAGUGAAUGACAAUGAUGUCAUGACCAGCACAAAUCUAUUAUUCCAAGGAUCGAAAAGGGUAAAAUCCAAAGGACAUGCAGGCACAUCAAGCCUACGUGCAGAAGUCUACUACUGCCCACCCUUAGUUUUAAGGAUGUGGUAGACCUCUGCAUACAGGUUACACCUCCCCUAAAAACAGGCUCUCCCGUCUAGCACUUCGUGCAGGUGUAAAAGCGCGUGACUCGCGUUACAAUUUAUUAACAGAAACAGUGUGAUACGUCACGCAACUCCGCAACUGUUUUCGGUUUAGACU